AUGUUAGUUGGUAAAAGAAAAUAUUUCGAAGAUGAGCCAAAUGAAGUAAUAUGUUUAUAAUUAAAUAAAGUCAUUGAAUCCAACUUUUGCUUUAAGAAGACGUAUAAAUUAAGAUCGAAAUCUAGAAACUUUAAGUUAAGCGCGAAGAAGAUUAACAUAGUAUAUAAUUUUUAAUAAAUUUGUAGAUAAAAUUUGGCAAUAAUUUAAGAGAAAUACCCUUAAAUAUAAUAAUCUGAAAUUAAUAGAUUAUUAGAAGACUUUGAUAAUAAUGUUGAGAUGGUAUUUGAAAUCCUAGGAUAAAAAAUGGCAACCCCUCAAAAAAUUGACAUCGAUAAUACAGAUGUAUAAUUUAAAUUAUUAAAUAUAGUUUGACAACUAUAAAAUUUGUUUAAAAGAAGAAUUAUUGAAGAGGCUUCAAUAAUCCUAAAACAUUUAAACAGCAUAAUAGAAUAUUCAACUCUGUUUUGAUGCUUUUGAAUAAAAAUUAGGAGAAAAAUUCUAAUAAAAUGUAUUCACAUAUUAAUAUUUUUAGACUCAAAAGUUACUUGAUGAAAAUAAAUUGCUUAAGUAGGCUUUCUUAAAAUAAAAUAAGAGAUUAGAAAAAGUUAGAGUAGAUGCAGAAAACAAAGACAAGCAACAAUAAAAUUUAAUAAAAGACCUUACAGAAGAAUGCAAACAAUAAAAAUUAAUUAACAAUAAUCUCACAAUAUUAUUAAUUCAAGCUUAACAAAAUGUUUCAAUUAAUAAUAAUAAUUUGGAUCAUGAUAUAUAUUGAGC